UAAUUUCUAUUUCUACCGAUUUUUUGUUUGAUUUCAAGAAUUUUGUGCUUGAUAUAUUUUUUCCUUCAAUUUGUGCAUAGCUCCAUUUGGUAGGAGUUGCAAUUUAGCUGAUUGGAUCGAGAUGCCAAUCUUCGACAGGCUCCCCAUUUCAAAAGAUGAAUCGGUGAUGUAAAAUCGUGUCAAUUGGGCGCUGGAUUGAAUUUUGUGUGAUCAUUUCAUAUGCGCAGUUCAGUUUAGGGAGAAGAUUGCAACCUGAUGACAUAUUGAUGAAGCCUAUAAAGGUAAAAGGUCCGCCCUAAUGAAUGUAUGACCUCUUGAUAUUUAUUGCUAAAAAAAAGUACAGUAAUCUCACCAUUCGGAUCAAUGGUUGUGUUUAAAAUUAAAAGUAAAGGUUAUACAGAUAUGAUAUAAAUGAAACAAUUAGAAAAUUCAGUUAUCUCACAUUAGCUAUGAGCCUGCAGCUUAGAACAAUAUAUUAGACGUCUCCUAUUUUUGAAUUUGACUUAUUGAUAUUUGCUUCUCUUGCUCAUCAAUGUUUCCAAACUCUUAACUUGCUUUCAUUUAUAUAUUUUCUGUAUAACCAUUAGUUUAGUUUUAUACAUGCUCAUUGAUCCAAAUGGUGAGAUUACUAAAUUUUCUUUAGCAAUAAACGUCAAGAGGUCAUGCCUUCGUUACAAUAGACCUUUCCCUUGAUAGACAUUAUCAAUUUCUUAGUCUUUCCUAUUUUCUCUUGUUGUGUGCUGGCUACUGGCCCCAAUUAGACAAAUCUUGGAUUGUUAAGAUAGUGGAAGGCAUGUGGGGAGAGGUGGGUAGUACGCUGAUUUAAUUGUCCUGACAUGUGGGGAAAUUCGGAGGAUGAGUAUCCAUUUGUGCAUUUUCUAUCCUUUAAAUUCCUCAUUUCCUUUCUCUCCUUAUACAUAAACAAGAAUUUCACCCUUUCUUAUUUCUCAUUUUCACUCCAUUGAGAGAAAAUAUUGUCAUUUUCUGUCAAUGGAGUGAAAAUGAGGGAUAAGAGGGGCGUUACCCCUUUAUGGCUUUUUUUUUUAUAGAUAAGUAGGUUUUCUUCUCUCAUUUUCCCAUGAUAAGUUUACAACCAAAGUGAACGAACCCCUAGUAGUUAAAACUAUAUGUUUCUUAUGGUUUUAUCUAGUGAUGAGGAGCCAAUUGCCUUCAAGAAGAUGCAUGGUUUUUCCUCAAUCGAUGGCUUUGUGGAGAUAAACGAAAAAUUGGCAGACAUGUUAAAAUUCGUGGCGAACGAGCCCUCUGUGGGGCUUUAUUAUAUCCAGCACCACACUCAGAAUGUAACUCCCAACGUUCUCGAUCUCAAGAACAAAGUCUCUGAAAAAUCACGCGAGACAGCUUUGCAUACAGAAGAUCUCGACGAUUCCAUGACAAUGUUGAAGUCGAUGAAGGAAUGUGGUAUUCCAGUUGCAGAUGAAAUGCUUAGAGAUAUAAGAAAAUCCCUUUCCAUCAUAUCGGCCAAGCAGCCAAAAAGAGGGCUAAUGUAUAGCUCCAACACCGGCUUUCUUGCAAGAACAAGCUCCUGGUCUCCAGCCUCGUGGGGUCGUAUUCCGCAGCAGGAUGGCAGCAGGAGCCCUGGUUACCUGUCCAGUGCUUUUAAGUCGGUGACACGACGAGCUCAGAGAUUCAACCGGUCACAGUCGGGCUUUGAUGAAGCAUUUGAGUCCAAGAACAGGAAGCGUCCUUCGAAUAUUGGUCCUGCAGUCGCCACCACAUCAGGUAGUAGGCCUUCUGGAAUGGUAGCAGAGAAAGAGACUUUGGAUUCACCGUCGUCGGAUGAGAAUGGCAGGGAACUGCAAGAAGAGUCGCAGCUGAGUAAGAGCCUGUCUCAUCAGCAUUUUCUGUCGUUGUAUGAGAACUACGACGAGUUCAAGGCCGAUCGGGAAGCGAAACUAGAAGAAUGGUUGGGAGGGGCAGGUGGUGCUGAGGAUCAAAGAAGGGGAAAGAAUUUGGAUAGAUAAGGUUUAGUUUUAGUUAAGCAGCAGGAGUUGGUCCCAUGACCACCAUUUUUUUAAAAUCGUGUUCUUGUUUUUCUUAUGAGAUUGAAACUUUGAGUUAAUACUAUAAUGCACAUUUUCUGGUUGAUAAA